CUAGUCUUUGCGUUUUCCCGCCGAAAAAUAAAACAUCCGCCAUGACUCCAUCUUGGAAUCUUUGUUUAUGACCCUUCGUGAAAGCAAUUGUCGUGAAAGUUUUCGACUACAAAAACAAGCAUUUGUCGACAUAUUGCUAAGCUUUAAAGCAAGAUGUUUGUCGAAAGACUAAAGGAAGAAGUGUACGAUGUUAUAUUUGAACAGAGAAUCUUGGUGCUUGUUGCAAUGGAUGUCGAUGCUUUGUGUGCCUGCAAGAUUUUGAAGUGGCUUUUUAAAUGUGAUAAUAUCCAGUAUACUCUUGUUCCCGCCAGUGGGAAAGAAGAUCUUGCCAGGGCUUAUCUUGAACAUGCAGAACAGAUUAAGCAUAUAUUUUUGGUAAACUGCGGAGGGAACAUCAACCUGCUAGAGACCCUAGAGCCAGACGAGGAUGUGACAUUCUACAUCGCAGACAGCCAUCGUCCAUUGGAUCUGGAUAAUAUAUACAACCAAGAUCAGGUGAAAAUUCUGAUGAAGGAGGGCGAAACACUUGAGGUUCCAGAUUUUGACGAUAUAUACGCUCAGUCAGAGGAUGAAGAUGAUGAUGAAGAUGAUGAUGAUGAGGGUAACGAGUCAGAUGAAGGAUCAGAGCCAUCUAACAAGAGAAGAAAAACAGAAGAUGGCAGUGAUCAUGAGCACCCUCGAAAUGCAAGAGCCAGAAGAAAAAUAUGGGAAAAGAAGAGACAGGAAAUACUUUACAGAUAUCAUGAAUUUGCUUUUUACGGAACAUCUUGUUCAGUGCUGAUGUAUGAACUAGCAUGGAAAAUGAGCAAAGAUUGUAAUGAUCUCCUCUGGUGGGCUGCUGUUGGUCUCACAGAUCAGUAUAUAAAUGAACGAAUUGACAGUGAGAAGUAUGUGAGUGAUGCAGAGAGCUUACAUGAACAUGUAAUGAGACACAACCAUGGUGCAGAUGAGAAUGGCGUAUCUAUUAACUGCAUGAAGAUCACUUUUGACUAUGAAUUACGACUUGCACUUUACAGACAUUGGUCCCUGUUUGACAGUAUUUGGCAUUCACACUACACAGCUUGCAGAUUCCGAGUGUGGACAAUGAAGGGGAAGCAGAAGCUGCAUGAAUUUCUUGCAGACAUGGGCGUUCCCUUGGUGCAGAGCAGACAAACGUUUUCCAAUAUGGAUGUCCAGCUGAGGAACAACCUAAAGGAGUGGGUUGAGACUUCUGCACAGAAAUUUGGCAUGGAGGAAAUGUCAUAUGGAUCGUUCAACGUGCAGUAUGGAUUCCGUAAUAAGCUCUGUUCAAGUGACGUGGUACAUGCUGUGAAUGCUCUUCUAGAAUCUCCGUCAGAUGAGAGUAAAUCAGAGAAAUUUCUGGACGCAUUAGAUGCUCUAUCAAGGUCUAAUUCUAAACUACUUCUCGAUGGAAUUGAAAUGGCCAAAAAGCAGUUGAUUGCCCUGGUCACCCAAGUCCGGUCCCUGAUCGACAUGCAUCAAGUAGUAUGUGCUGGACCAUUCCUCUACGCUUUCCUCCGUGAGGGCACCCCGGACUUGAAGAUGUUCAGCAAACCAGUAGUCCUUGGCGCUCUUGCACGUUUCGUAUUGAGUGCUUAUGUAGUCAUGUCCAAAAAUAAAAGAGCAGCGGCCUUACCAUUUGUCCUUGCUGCCCCCUUAGAUGCUGAGAAAGGUACGUGCCUUGUGGUUGGAGUCCCUCCCAUCGCCGAUGAGUCAAGAAAAAAUUUCCUUGGGCGUGCAUUCGAGCUAGCAGCAGAAAAGACCAAGGCGAGAUCCACGCAUGAUUGUUUUGACCCAGCAGUAAUGGAGAUGAAAAGUGAAGACAAAGAAAAGUUCUUCGAUGCCUUGUCCGCGCUGCUGUUAUGAUGACCGCUAUAUAGAGGGUGCUGGCCGCAUAGUUAUUAAUAUGACAACUGCUCUAUAGAGGGUGCUUCCACACAGCUAUUAUAUAGCGACCGCUAUAACAUGGGGUGUUGUUCACACUGCUAUUAUGAAGACCGCUAUAUAAGGGGUGCUGCCUCUGCCAUUAUAAUGACCGCUAUAUAGGGGCUGCUGGCCACACAGCUAUUACGAUGACCGCUUUAUACAGAAUGCAAUCAAACGAACUGAAUGCGGUCAAGGAAUUCGGACAAACCAGAAAUGGUAAUUUUAAGCUAGGGGCCUGGGGGUUUCUAGGAAAAUUCAUGGUACAAAUUAUCUGCUAGGUUAUAAUGAAGGAAUAACAAGAAUAACCCUAGUCUAGUACCAGGCACUUUUACCGGUCUUACAGGCUUCCUGUUGUUGAUAAGAGUUGUGACGCCACAGGACACCUUGUAUGGGUCAGCUCGUCCCAGACCCCAAGGUGGCUUAUGGUUCAUCUCCGAGCGCAGGCAACCUGGUAACAACCCCAUAUACUAGGAUGAGUCGAUGAGAGUUUCACUCUUUCUAGCUCUCACAGGGUUGCGAUCAAACAGUCUUUGAGAGUUGACGAGAGUGGUCAACGCACGCGCGCACGGCAUGUUGGUUGGGUUGACAGUGCUGAAUAACGUAUGCGCAUGCGCGUGUUCUGGCGAAACAAACAAAAUCUCAGUGUUGAAUCGUUCGAGUAAAGGUACGAAAGGCUGACUUCGGUCCCUGUUUUGACUUACUGUACAGCAUUAAAACCAUACUGUACAAAAGAUGACAGAUUUGUUUGAUAAUGAGGGAGUCAUAAAGAAAAUUAUAGACUUAGGUUUGGUCUAGUUUUCUUAGCAUUCGCCAAAAUGUGACAGUUCGCCGGUAAAAAGCCGCCAUUUCAAAACAAAACGGCUAGUUUAACCGCGCGGUACUGGAACUAGUCUUGCGUUUUUCAGCACUGUCGGUUGGGUUUUUGUGGUAGAUUUGUCGAAUAAACUAUACAAACGCGCGCGCUGCAUUCUGGUAGAGUUGUGGGAAAAUGAAAUUAGCACGCGCACUUAUAGCUGGAAUCGCCUAUUAUUUGAUUUCUGGGUUCAUUUCAGGAAUGUGUGUUAAAUUUCACUUGUGGAAACUUCUGACCAUAAUACGGUUAUUAACCCUGGUACACGCGAUAAAACGGUGCCGACAAAUCUGAUCAACUCACAUAUCGGUUUUGAUCUUGGUUUAAGUGAAUGAGAGUGCACGGUCAAACGGUCUCUCAUAGAUUGUCAUCAAUAAACAUUCGUUGGACGGUGUGGUGUUGAUUGCAUCGUUUCUCAUUUCACGAAAUAGCUUCGUGGGUUGUUGGACUAACUGAAAUGUAAUUUAUUCUAGUACAGGUAUGAUCAAAAACAAUGUGUACUAAAUGAAAGCAUUAAUUUUGUAAAUAAAUUGAUUUUUUUACACGUC